AUGCGGGAUAUGAGUAUCUCUUGCCGCCUUUAUGGUGUCCGUAAUUAUUAUUCACACCUGGGGACGCGGCAAAAGACGCAACUGCAAGUAACUUCUUCUUCUUCCGUCCUGCAACUCUUCUCGCCAAGGUCCGAACUCUUCUCUCUGCCGUCUGAGGUGAUCUCUUCUCUCUGCCUUCCGGGGCUGAACUGUUCUGCUUGUUUGGCCUGCAACUUUACUGCCUGUCUGGCCUGCAAUUCUUCGGCUUGUCUGGCCUGCAGCUCUUCUGCCUACCUGGCCUGCAAUUCUUCGGCUUGUCUAGCCUGCAGCUCUUCUGCCUAUCUGGCCUGCAAUUCUUCGGCCUGUCUGGCCUGCAGCUCUUCUGCCUGUCUGGCCUGCAGCUCUUCUGCCUAUAUGGCCUGCAAUUCUUCUCCAACUUCUCUGCGGCUUUCGAGCAAUUUUCUUCUCUUCGACUUGGCUGCAACUUCUCUGCCUGUCCGGGCCAAAACGGACCGACCCUUCUUGCCCGCAAGGGGCGAAUGA